AUGCGCAUACAUCCUAUAUACCACAGCAACACAAUGGAUAAUAAUUCCAUAGACAGCGAUAAUAACAAAUUCGCUGCACAUUUAAAAAAUAAAAAAGCGCUUUACAAAAUUUAUUUACAUAAUACACGAUAUGAUAUCAUAAAAAAAGUUGUAAGGGAUUCCGAAAAUUGGACGGAGGCGAGUAUAAAUUGUAACGACUGGGAUGUUAUGUGGAUAGAUACAUCCAUAUGUGAAGAAAGGUUUAGAAAACUAAAAAAGUUUCAAAAAAUAAAUCAUUUUAUUGGUAUGCGUGGUAUAACGAGAAAAGAUGAAUUAUGUAAGAAUUUGAAAAAAAUGAGAAAGCAUUUUCCUCAAUGCUACAAUUUUUUUCCGAUGACCUGGAUAUUACCAAAUGAAGUUUCCGAUUUUAAGAGUUAUUUUAAAAGAAAAGGUAGUUCAAAAACAUAUAUAGUAAAAUUAAAAAAUUCAUGUCAAGGGAAAGGUAUAUAUUUAACAAAAAGUUUAGAUGAUAUUAAUAAAUAUGAAAGUUGUAUAAUUCAGAAAUAUAUACAUAAACCAUUAUUAAUAAAUGGGCUAAAAUUUGAUAUAAGAUUAUAUGUAUUAUUAACAGGAUGUGAUCCUUUAAGAAUAUUUUUACAUGAAGAUGGUUUAGUUCGCUUUUCUAUAGAAAAAUAUAGAUUACCAAAAAAUAAGAAUUUAAAACAUAUAAAUAUGCAUUUGACAAACUUUUCUAUAAAUAAAAUGUCUGAUAAAUUUGAGUAUUCAUUAAAUCCUGAUGAUGCAACAAUAGGACAUAAAAGAAGUUGGAAAGUAUUUCUGCAAAAAUUAAAAGAGCAAGGAUUACCAAUGGAUUGUAUAAUGAAAAAAAUAGAACAUUUAAUUGUAAAAACGAUAUCUUCAAUACAACCAGAAUUAAAUCAUUAUUAUAAUUCUGCUCAUUAUAGUGACUAUUCUAAUAGUAUGUGUUUCGAAAUUUUAGGUUUUGAUAUUUUAUUAGAUUAUAAACUAAAACCAUGGUUAUUAGAAGUAAAUCAUUCACCCUCAUUUUCUGUAUCAUCCAAAGUUGAUCAAAAAGUUAAAUAUGCUGUUAUAAAAGACACAUUAAAUAUUUUAUAUAUGCAUUCUAAAUAUAGACAAAUAUAUAUACAAGAAUAUUUAAAUCUACACAAGUUCAGAAAAUUGUAUAAUGAUUUAUUAAUACAAAAUAAAAAAGAAUUAAAAAAAAAAUUAACUAUCAGCCGUUUUCAUUAUGAAAAUAAAAACUUAGGAGGAUAUAAAAGAUUAUAUCCUCUUCAAGAUUUAUUAGAAUAUCAAAAUUUAAUACUUUUUGUAUCUAAUACAUGGAACAAAUCUAUUGGUAUACCUUAUACUUUGAAACAAGAUACAUACGAAUAUUUAUUUCAAACAGAUGUUACAAAAAAGAAAUUAUCUACGGACUCAUUUCUUUCCCAAAAUCAAACUUAUGAAGAAUAUCAUACGAAAACUAUGUUAACAAAAAAAAGUGUAAAGGACAAACAAAAUAUAUUAACAAAUAAGAAUACUAUGCAGGUCAUACAAACAUUUGACUCAUCUCAAAAGGAUUUUCAGAAUAAUUUGCACUACACAAAAAUGUAUGUAAACAGGCCAAACGUGAACAUAAGUAACUGUUCAACGUCUUGUUGA